UGAUACAAAGCAGGACGAUAUAUUUCAAUUGAAUGCUUCAAAAACACCUUAAGUGUUCUUUUGUAAAGCAUCUUUGUGUUCUUUUGUAUCUAUUGGUCUGUUUUACUCCAUUAAAGUAGUGAAUUCAUUUAUGUUAUAAAUAAAACAUCAGAAACGCACAUUUUGCCCUGGAAUGCAGCGCAACUCGUGGAGAGCAGCAGGACACCGUGCGCUUAUUGGUUGACCAAAUUUUGGGGCCGUCCGAUUGGCCCGAGACGAACUUUAGGUGUGAUUGAUAGAUAGGGGACGUGAGAACUUUUUCACUGGUUUCACUGGUCAGCACCAGUCAGUUAGUACAGGUUGGGACACUGUGAACUGACCCCGGGGCGCAGGGUGUGUGCGCCAUUAAACGUUUUGGUUUUUAAAAGAAGAUGCUCUUAGAAUUACAAAUGCACUGCGGUUUAUUGGAUAACCUGGGUGGUUUUGCGUUGAAAGUAUUUAAACUGCAUAACUGUUGUACUGUUCCAGUGGUUGAAUAGCUGUGCGCAGUGUGCGAACACUUUUACGCAUGGGUUUAAUUGGCACGGUAAGGAUGCGCAUUGCGCUUCUGGUGACUCUGGGUUGCGGCUUCGCGUUUGCCUGUCAGCUGCCCACCGAGUGGCGACCCCUCAGCGAGGGCUGUCGGGCCGAACUCGCCGAGAUCAUCGUGUACGCCAAGGUGCUCGCCAUCCACGAGGAGCCGUACGUGUCCAGCCUGUACAACUACCUGCCGUACCAACAGUACGAGCGCGCCGAGGACGCGCUGCUGUACGCGGCGGAGGUUGAGUUGCUGUGUGACCAGGCGUGGGGCAGCAUGCUGGAGGUGCCCGCGGGAUCGCGCCUUAACCUCACGGGACUCGGGUACUUCAGCUGUCAAUCGCACACGGUGAUGGAGAACAACUCUUACAUCUUUUUUCUCAGGAUGGAUGAAAACUACAACAUCCUCCCUCAUGGAGUGAACUUCCAAGAUGCCAUAUUCCCAGAUACGCUGGAGAACAAACGACUGUUUUCCAGUCUCUUCCAGUUCUCAAACUGCUCUGCUGGACAGACGGUGUACAACUUUAAUAGUGACUGGGAGAGCCAGGAGGACAGCAGGCUGAUGUGUUCCUCCAUGCAGAAGGUGCUGAUGGAGGAGGAGGAGCGGGUCGGGCAGCUCCAGGAGCUCGUGGCCGAGCUUGAGAGAAAGAAUAAACAAUUGAGACAUCGCGUCGGGAAACUGCGACAUUCACUGCGGAAGACCCGGAGAGCAUCACGUCGCGCUCAGAGGGAACGGCAGGAGCUGCGAGAACACCUGAGCACGGAAGAAAGGCAUGCCGGACAUCAUCUUAAUGCCAUCCCACCCCGACACAGAAACACACAUAGACUGUGAGCUUCAACAAACAAACACAGGGCACCCACUGACACUUACACAACAAACACAAACACUCUUACAGACUGCACAGGGUGGUCUGUUUGUCACAAUAUAAUGACUGCUUAAAUCAUUUCUGUUUGCUUUAAGGUCAACAUGAAUAGGUCACCCAAAAAUGAAAAUCAUUUACUCACCCUCUUGUCAUUUCAAACCUGUAUGAAUUUCUUUCUUUCGUAGAACACAAAAGAAGAUAUUUUGAAGAAUGUUGUUAACCGGCUCCCAUUCACUUGCACUGGUUUUGUGUCCAUAAAAUAGAAGUGAAUGGGUGCCGAUGCUGUUCGGUUGCCAACUUAUCUUCUUUUGUGUUCUGCAGAAAAAAGAAAGUCAUACAGGUUUGAAAUAACAAGAGGGUGAGUAAAUGAUGACAUAGUUUUCAUUUACUCUUGACCGAAUUUUCAUUUAAAGUUUCAAUUUUCAGAAUUUUCAUUUCUUUGCUCUCUUAUAAUACACAUUCCUGAUAAUGUUGUGCAAGAUUCAUCAGCGCACAUUAUUCCAAAGAAAGAAAUGUUUGUGUGGUUUAGUUAAACUCUGUUUUGCUGUUGAUAUAACAAUGGUUUGAGAAUGACAGAAAAAUAACGGUAGAUUUAAAUGUUCAGCUCCAAAAAUGCUGUAAAUUGCACACUUUGUAUUUCAUUUCAGCCUUAGGUGCGAUAUAUAUUUUUGUUUUAUUAACCUUCUUUAAGUUUGUACUUAAGAAAUGAAUCCUCUUUGUUAAGAAAUUUAAGAUUAUAAUUUUUGCCAUCCAAAAUACAAUGUGAAAGAGGGUGUGCCUGGAUUUCUUUGUGGUUUAGUUUUGCCUGCUUUCCUGGUUACCGAGUGAAUAGUUUAAACUGCUGGUUAGGGGUGAAAUGUGUUCAGAUUCAUCUAGUGCUAAACAUCUCAGACAAAACCAGUACAACAACAUUCUUUACUGAGUUUAGUCCAGUUCGAUUGUAUCAAUUUGAUAUGAUUCAUAAAUAUCUUCCAACUGAAAAUAUGUAGGAUAUAGGAUAAUGGAAUACCUUAUCUUGUCAUACGACAUUUGACAUAUUUUCAUUUUGAAGAAAUGCCAAAAACAAUGACCCAUUAUCUUUGCUACUUUAUAUUGUUUGGGUGAGUUUUAUGUAAAACUUGUAAAUAAAUAAAUCAAAGCAAUUAGGCUAUAAUCUGCAUUAUUUUUAAGAGCACUUAGUGCCGUGUGACAUUAUUGUGAUGAUAAUUUAGCACAUUGUGCCGCUUAAUUUCCAUUACCAUAAUGUGUCUGGAUGUUUUACUCAUGAGCUUGUCUGUAAUUCUCAUUAUUCACCACAAUUAUUAUCAUUAGAAUCUCAUUACUGUAAUUGACUAAUGAAAAUCAUGCUGUUUCAUCCGGUGAUUUUUUAUAUAAAAUUAGCCUAAAUUAAUGCAUUACAGCAAAAACAAUCACGAUCCAUAAAUACUUUACAAUUCAAAUAUU